AUGAUUAACGGAACGACUGGGGAAGAAGCCGAAGUAACACUGGGUGUGUCAACCGGCUCCGUAUUCGGACCUGUUGGGUACAUCAUGCACGUUAAUAGCAUUGAUAAUGCUGUAAAACAUUGUUCCACUUACAUGUACGCCGAUGACACAAGCCUGAUGUACGCUAAGAGAGAUGUUGAAAUUAUAGAGGAGAGGUUGCAGGCUGAUUUCGUUAGUAUUCUAAAUUAA